UGCUGAUUUCCCUGGUUUGGACCCUGCGCUCCCGCGACCAAGUUUGGAAUUGUUCUCGCCAGUUGGCCGGGCUGGUCAGUUUCCCUGUUAAGUGACCUCGCUAAAAGUAACCAUACAAACAGCGGGAAAAGUUACAAGACACACACACACAAUCCCCAUAACGCACAGCCCCGACUGGCCGCCUGAAGAUCAAGCAGUCACCGAAUUAAAGAGUUUUACUGCAAAGUCCCGGCAAGACUAUUGAAGAUCAUUGAGAGCUGGGCUGAACAGAACUCGGCACAUUCAUUCGGAUCGUUACAGAGAAGCUGUUCUUGAAAGAGCCAUGUGGUUGUCAUAACGUUAACUUUUCACGAUGCCUCCUGCCAUAACUGACUCCUUGGAUAUCUGGGCAGUCGAUUCCCAGAUCCCAGCAGAUAACUGCAUCAGUGCAGAUUUCUUACUACCCACGGGGAUGUACAUCCAGUUGGAUGUGCCUCGGGAGGCUACGAUCGAACAUAUCAAAUCGCUCCUAUGGAGACAGGCGCAGGCAUAUCCACUGUACAGUGUUCUUGGCGAACAGGACUCCUAUAUGUUUCAGUGUGUAAACCAGUCAGCUGUGCAUGAAGAGUUGGAGGAUGAGUCUCGCCGCCUCUGUGAUGUCAGACCUUUUCUUCCUGUUUUAAAGCUUGUAGCCAGGAACUGCAAUAGAUCUGAAAAACUACUGGAUUCAAAAAUUGGUGUUCUUAUUGGGAAAGGUCUCCAUGAGUUUGAUGCACUAACGGACCCUGAGGUGAAAGAAUUCCGCAGCAAAAUGCGUAAGAUCAACGAGGAGAACAUGUUGAAACGUCAGGGGCUUUCCUGGAUGGACUGGUUGCAGCACAAUUUUCCUCCAGAAAUUGAAUCUACUGGCUUUAAUAAUGCUGAAGACAAGCUGCACAAAGACAGUUUCCUCAUAGCCAUUCGGUUUGAGUCUUGUCAGGACAUCUUUAAUUUCCAAGUAUCUCCUGACUUGAAUCCUCUUAACUUAAAUGAGCUUGCCAUUCGGAAACAGUUGACUAACCAUGGAAAAGAGAAUGAGGAGUUCAAUCCUAGAGAUUUUGUGCUGCGCGUGAGUGGAAAACAGGAAUACGUGUUCGGCGACCAGCCACUGAUUCAAUUCCGGUACAUAAGAAAUUGUGUGCUGAAAGGAAUCCACCCUCAGCUGACUCUAGUGGACUGCAGCACCAUUAAGGAGAUGUGUGAUCGCGAAAUGUGCGCUAUUGGUAUUGCCUUGCAUCGGAAAUUAUCCAUGGCACCUCUUCCUUUGCCACCCAAAAAACGGACCAUUUCUCAAAUGGCAGGUAAUGUUUGGGAUAUAACUAUUCCUUUCAAGAUCGUUCUUGCUAGAGGGAAUAAAAUAAAUGCCGAUGAAGCACUGCGGGUUCAAGUCAGGGCUGGGAUUUUCCAUGGAACUGAGCUCCUUUGUAAACCUGUUGUAAGCAGUGAGGUUUCUGGAAAAAAUGACCUUACCUGGAACGAGACACUGGACUUUGAAAUUAACAUCUGUGACCUGCCAAGAAUGUCCCGACUUUGCUUUGUCGUGUAUGGAAUGAUAGAUAAAGUGAAGAAACAGAAAUCGACAAAGAACGUGACCAAAUACCAGACCAUUCGGAAAGCAGGAAAAGUGCACUAUCCAAUUGCAUGGGUAAACACUAUGAUAUUUGACUUCAGGGGACAGCUGAAGAGUGGUGAUCUUUCAUUGCACUGCUGGUCAUCUUUUCCUGAUGAACUGGAAGAAAUGCUGAACCCAAUGGGUACAACACAUACCAAUCCAUACACUGAGAAUGCUACAGCUUUACAUAUUCAGUUCCAUGAAUAUAGUAAGUCAGCCGUUUUCUAUCCUGCGUUUGACAAGAUAUUGGAGAAGGCGGCAGAGAUUGCACGAAGCAACGACACACUAAAUACAGCAGGCCGAGGAUGGAAGAAGUUGCAUAUUGAGCUAAGAGAAAUCAUGGAGCGAGAUCCACUGUCUCAACUGUGUGAAAAUGAGAUGGAUUUAAUAUGGACUUUACGAUAUGAUUGUCGUGAAAACUUUCCUCAGUCUUUGCCAAAGCUGCUGCUCUCAGUAAAGUGGAGUAAACAUGAAGACGUGGCGCAGCUCCAAGCAUUACUCCAAAUAUGGACCAAACUAGCACCUAGAGAGGCAUUAGAAUUACUGGACUUCAACUACCCAGACCAAUAUGUGCGGGAAUAUGCUGUGGGAUGCAUGAAAGAAAUGAGUGAUGAAGAACUUUCUCAGUAUCUCCUACAGCUGGUACAAGUACUGAAAUAUGAGCCUUACUUUGACUGUGCCCUUUCCAGAUUUCUUUUGGAGCGAGCGCAAGCCAACAGAAAGAUAGGUCACUUCUUGUUUUGGCAUCUCAGGUCUGAAAUGCACCUACCUGCUACUUCGCUGCAAUUUGGAUUGAUUCUGGAAUCAUACUGUCGAGGAAGUAUCACCCAUAUUAAAGAGCUUUCCAAGCAGAUGGAAGCCCUGAGUAAAAUGAAAGCUAUCAACAAUCUAGUGAAACUUAGCUCCCUGAAGGUUGCAAAGAAUAAAAUGAAGGAUGUGAUUCAUGCCUGCUUAAAACAGCCUGUUUACAAGGAAGCACUCUCUAACAUCGAGUCACCACUGAAUCCCAGUGUUAUCCUUUCAGAAUUGAACGUAGACAAAUGCCGGUAUAUGGACUCCAAAAUGAAGCCUCUUUGGAUACUGUACAACAACAAAAUGUCAGGAGGAGAGCCAGUGGGACUUAUCUUUAAAAAUGGUGAUGAUCUGCGACAGGACAUGCUGGCUCUGCAGAUUCUACAUUUGAUGGACAUGUUGUGGAAGGAGGCAGGCUUAGACCUCAGAAUUGUGCCUUAUGGGUGCCUUGCAACAGGAGAUAAAUCUGGUGUCAUUCAGGUGGUCUCUGCUGCAGAAACUAUAGCCAAUAUCCAGCUAACUAACAGUAAUGUCGCUGCUACUGCCGCCUUCAACAAAGAUGCUUUGCUGAACUGGCUUAAGGAAAAGAAUUCUGCGGAUACUCUUGAGCAAGCAAUUGAGGAGUUUACUCUGUCAUGUGCUGGCUACUGUGUAGCAACCUAUGUGCUGGGGAUUGGCGACAGACACAGCGACAACAUCAUGGUUCGAGAAUCUGGUCAGCUCUUUCACAUUGACUUUGGACAUAUUCUUGGCAAUUUCAAGUCUAAGUUUGGGAUUAAAAGAGAGCGCGUGCCCUUUAUUCUUACCUAUGACUUCAUUCACGUCAUUCAACAAGGAAAAACAGGAAACACUGAGAAGUUUAGCAGGUUCCGGCAAUGUUGUGAAGAAGCUUAUUUGAUUCUGCGCAAGAAUGGAAACUUGUUCAUUACUCUGUUUGCACUAAUGUUGACAGCAGGACUACCUGAGUUAGGCUCUGUCAAAGACAUCCAGUACCUUAAGGACUCUUUGGCUUUAGGAAAAAGCGAUGACGAAGCACUGAAGCAGUUUCGACAAAAGUUUGAUGAGGCCCUUCGUGAAAGCUGGACAACGAAAGUGAACUGGAUGGCUCAUAUUGUGGCCAAAGACAAAGGGUCCUAGCGAAUUUUCAGCAAUGCACUGAAAUAACAACAGGCUGUUAAAUGAUGGAACAGCUGACUUCCGGACCAAAUUGCAGGAGAACUCCCAGAUGUUACACUCCAUGCCUUCCAGCUUCCAGUGCAACUACAACAUUGUGUAAUAUGUAUAUUCUUGCUGCAUCUUGCUGACUUUGCACGCUGCGGGCUACUGGUUGCUUCACCUUCAGAUUUCUAAGGAUAUGGUACUAGUGAAAUAGGUGUAUACUUCUCCAGACGUUGGGGCUGACUGAUACCAAAUAUUGAGCACUACCAAUACAGAUACUGUGUGAUUGGUAUUGGGUGUUGUUCAUAUUCAUAUGUUUAUAUUAGAUUCAUUGCUAAGUUGAUAUUUUAUUUUAAAUCAGUAAGGCUAGACUGAACUUCGCAUGAUCCAGUGAACGAGAAUUGGUGAUAGUUUUUUUUAAAAUUAUUUAUGAGUCUGGAUAUGUAGCUGACGCCAGUCUAUCUCUUAAUAAAACACCAACCUCAGUAUCAGUCAAUCCCUUCUUGGACACUGUAGCCCCUGUUUGAUCACCAUACUGCUACAGACCUUUUGUUUUAAAUCCAAGGAGAAUGAUUCUUUUUUUCACUUAAAAUCUUGAAAAAUAGCUUGAUGUUAUAUAGUUGAGUCUAGGAGAAAAAUAAACUGGUAUUUUAUACCCAAGGCACGUCUUUCUACACUACUCAUCCUGAAUCCUUGUAAUUUCAUGGAUAAUUUAUAAAUAGCUGGUAAGUGAGCCUAGAAAUUAUAAUUUUAUUCAGCAUCCAUUCUGUUGUGAUCUUAGCACUGAAUAAGGAAAAUGCUCAGUAGUAGCAGAUUUGUCAAUUUCCUUUUUAAUGUGUCAUGUCAACUUGAGUUUUCAUGAGCGAUUUUGCUAGAUCCUUGUGGUGUGUUUCAGGUGACGUUUGUAGAGAGGGUUAGCAAGCUAGCUUCAAUUUUGCACCAUCAGUUUAAGAGCCUCUCUGGAAUUAAUUCAAAGGGCUUUAGCAGCCUGUGAUAUCCCAGGAAUAAUAAAGCUCUGCUGGCUUGACUUAUUUCCUGUCACUUUAGCAAUACAUAAGAUAAAGUAAAAUCUGCUUUGAAGUUUUAUUCUCAAGUGCAGUGGACGUGUAUCAGUGCUGCAGUGGAUGUGUCUCAAUGCUGUCUGCUCAAUGUAAGGCAGCAGAAAGCGUAUUUAUAGGGGAAAGAAUUGCUCUGAUCAUACAUAAUCAUAUUGCAAGCAUGAUCUUUAAAUGCAUUUCUGAUAUUGCAAGACAUAGCAUUUGAGUUACCAAGGUGGUUGUACACAUAUGAGCACAGAUAUGCUUAGUUGAUGUGUUGUAAUGGGAUUCAUUUUUUAACAGUUAUCAAGUUCGAGAAUCAAAGUCUUGAGGAAAUGCACCUCAUCUACCCGACCUGAUCCUAUACCUACAGCUCAGAUGAACACAGAAUGCAUUGAUGUUUACAAAGUAUAGAAUGUUUAGCAAACAACAUGGGUUUGGAGUACAAAUUUUGUAUUUUUUACAUGAUCAUUGAAUCAUACACACCGAACUGCCCUGCAGUGAAUCUGACCUGAACUUGCAUUGAGAAACCACUGUACACUGUAGUCACCUGAGCUCAGCUGUGGAGGCCUUCUGUAUUUCUAUUUAGACACAUCCAAUACACACUGAAUCCAAAUUGCCCCCACUGAACUAAAUCACAUAAAGAAGAUCAUUUGAUUCAAUCUAAAUUUGAAUUCUUUUGACCCUCAGCAGCUGUUAUUUAUUUAUGAUGUAGCCAGAUUUAUUUUUCUGACUCAGCUAUUGUAAUGCUGCCUUAAUUUGACUUAAUCUCCAAUGCUGCUCAAUAGAGGGGGAAAAAAUGCAACAAAAGUGGGUGCUGCAGUUUUGGUGCACAGGUGGAAUGGUACUGCAUUUCCUCUUCCCUGCUGCUAAGCAGGCAACUAGUGCAAUACAAAAAUGCUUGUUUAAAAAAAAAGGCCACAGUUGCAGGCAUCAAAGCAUUAGUGAGGGAACCAUCCUCACUGCCGCUGCCUUUUAAGGUGGGGGACUGAAAUGGCUUUAACUAUUAGAAAUUUAUGCUGAUGCCUUUACUCGUUUUUUAAGCUGAAAAUAUGUUAGGAUUAUUUUGAAAUAAGCUGGCUUUCUUACUAGAAUUGGGCAUGAAAUAUAAUCAAGAUUCAACUGGGUGGAACAUUUUAUGGUAAAAUAGAUGUUCAGAGCACAGAUUAUCUUUUUUGAAAUAUUGAAUUCUCCACUGUGCAGAAAUCUCCAGUUAAGAACUGAACUGCUUCAGCCAUUAGGCUUCAUAUGAAAAAAUACUGGUAAGAUGAACAAGUUUUAAGUUUUACGUAACAGGGUAAAUUGAAGUGGUUUUGAUUUGCACAGUUUAACCUCAAUGCAUAGAUAUUAAUACUUUAGUGCACUUUAGCGGAUAGUUAAUGUUUCUGGCCUUUGGAUAGGAACAUAGUGACAUUUAUCUCAGCAACGCUACCUCUUUUGCAUGCCUGAGAUUGACAUGAACAUAUUCCAGCUUCAGUCCUGAAAUUAUCACUGCUUACUUUCUUUAGCUGGUUAGAUUGGAUGUUCACAGUAAUACUGAAAUAUCUCAGUAGCUAUCAACUUAUUGACAACUGAUUAUUUAUUCCAGAAAAUGGAUUUCAACAAUAAGAAAACCUAAUGAGGAGCUCUGGUUUACUUUCUGUAUGUAUAUUGUGAAAUAGUUAACCAAUCCAAAAUAGAAUACAUAUGCAAAUGUUAUACAGGCCUGGGAAAAGCUGCAGUAAACUUUCAAAUGUAAACAAAACUGAUUGAAAAAGCAUUAUGGAAAAUCAAGUGAGUAUAUUGUUGAUAUUGGCCAGAGGUUGUGAAGGGGGAGCAGGAGAUAUAGGAGGAACCACAAUUGUGUUCUAAUAUUCCAUUGAUGGAGAUAAAUGUCUUGCGUGUUGGACCCACUCUGCGCAAAGCCUUUAAGCGGUUGUGAAAUCUUAUUUAUUUGUUUUCAAUACAUUUUCAAUGUUAUUUUUAUUGUCUUCCCACCUGUACAUCAACCUCACCCACCCUCCCUGUUGGAAGCGUAGGAUAUUCUGAGCUGCAGACUAUCCCAUGGCUGCUGUUGAUGCUGCUUUAUAUCUGUCUAAGAUCUACAUUUGGCAGGGCAGUUUGCACGCCCGUGUCAGUCUUUUUCCCCUCUCACAGGUGAGGUGCUUACCACAAGAGCAGGACUGUGACCAACUAAGAACCGUCAAAGCUUGACACCAGCAAGAGCCAUGGUUGAAUGCCAUGUGAGGUUAGGAUUGGGAUUUGAGCCAGUAACCUUAAUGCCCUAGCAUCAAUGCUCCAUUUUACCCUUUGUAUAUUGUUUUUAAUAAUUGAAUGCUUGUUGCUACUACUGAAUUGUGUAGAUUUGUACAGAAUUAUUAUAGGAUUUAAAAAAAUAAGAUUUUGUUCUUCGUACGAGCUUGGGCAACACUCCUACAAUAUUCCAACAGAUGUUAUACAGACAGUGGAUUUAUUUAAUUCCAUGUCCUUGUAAUAAUAAAAUAAAAUGUACGAUAAAUGUGUGGAAUACAUACAGGAAACUGUGCCCUUAAAGAUUUGCCACAGAUUUUGAAUGUACUGAUGUUAAAUGAAAUGUUUCAUAAGUUUUUUUUUGCUGGUAUAUUAGACCAAAUGUGAUAUUUCGGAUGGAAAAGUUCGAAGACACACUUAUUAAAUGGCUGUAAAAUGUAUAUUUUGCUUUUAAAUAAACUUUUUUUUUAGAAAACUUCA